UAGUCGCACAAUAGCACGCGAGCUCGACCACGGUCGCAAUGUCGACAACAGUUGGGUAGGUGCCCUUCCGAAGCUCCCCGCACAUCCAUCGGGCAGGCGCUUGUGGCCAGAAAGAGACGUCUGACAUGUCUUCCAUCGCACAAGCGCCUUCAUCGCGGGCGGCAUCGCUGCGUGCGGCGCCGUAACGGCCACGCAUCCGUUCGAGACGGUCAAGAUCCGCAUGCAGCUACAGGGCGAGCUCCAGGACAAGGGCCACCAACCACACCACUACCGCGGCCCCUUGCACGGCGUCUCUGUCAUUGUCAGGAACGAGGGGCUGCGCGGCAUCUAUCGCGGUAUCGGGUGCGCCUACAUAUACCAGGUGCUGCUGAACGGCUGCCGGUUGGGCUUCUACGAACCUAUGCGCAACACGCUAGCGACGCUCAUAUUCAAGGACGGCAAGACGCAGAACCUGGGCAUCAACAUGUUUUGCGGCGCCGCGUCGGGCGUCAUGGGCGCCGCCGCCGGCAGCCCCUUCUUCCUGGUCAAGACACGUCUGCAGAGCUACUCGCCCUUCUUACCCGUCGGCACCCAACACCAGUACCGGAACGCGUGGGACGGACUCCGGCAGAUUUACGGGGCCGAGGGGGUGCGGGGCCUGUACCGCGGCGUUGGGGCGGCCAUGAUCCGGACCGGGUUUGGGAGCUCGGUGCAGCUGCCCACGUACUUCUUCGCGAAGCGCCGGUUAAUGCGGCAUCUGGGCAUGGAGGAGGGCCUCGCUCUCCACCUCGCCAGCAGUACGGCCAGCGGCUUUGUAGUCUGCGUUGUCAUGCACCCGCCAGACACCAUCAUGUCCCGCUUGUACAACCAAAACGGCAACCUUUACAAGGGUGUCUUUGAUUGCCUGGCAAAGACGAUCCGGACAGAGGGCUUCUUUGCCAUUUACAAGGGCGUCGUGCCGCAUCUCGCCAGAAUCCUGCCGCAUACCAUCUUGACACUCACCCUUGCGGAGCAGACGAACAAGCUCAUCAGAAGGGUGGAGGAGCGGUUUUUACCCAGCACGUCUUUAAAGACAAUAUAAUUUAUUUUAACCACAUCAACUGGCGUUGGGUAUGAAAAGGGCAAUUAGCGUUUAGUCCUUCUUUGGCAUUGUAUAUACCGGGGUCACAUACAAGAUGCCUAUGUUAGAGAGCAGGCGGGAGUAG